AUGCUGUCGGCUCGCUCGCCCUCGUCGCGGACUCGUUCCACAUGCUCAACGCUCUACACCAUCGAACUUGCGACGUCGCCGGCGUCCAGUGCCAACUCUUACGGAUGGCAGCGAGCAGAGGUCCUCGGUGCUCUUAUCAACGGUGUUUUCCUGAUCGCUCUUUGUGUCACCAUCGGUCUCGAGGCGAUCGGACGCUGCAUUUCGCCGCCCGAGAUCACCAACCCCAAGCUCAUCGUGCUUGUCGGUUCGCUCGGUCUCGCGUCCAACAUUGUUGGCCUCUUCCUCUUCCACGAGCAUGGUCACUCCCACGGCGGUCACUCGCACGGCCCCAUCGCCCUGCCCGAGGACGACGAGGAGGACGAGCAGACGACCACGACCGGCCCUAAGCGCGCACGUGCUGAUUCGAGGAGCUCGUUGUACCAGCACCCGGCCGAAACCCGCGCUCAGAUCAUUGAGGCUGCCCGCCUGGGACAGAGCAUUGACAACGACUCCUUCCUCGGCCGCUCGCCGCCCGUCCACGCCCGCAUGCCCUCCAUGAGCCGCCGCAGGACCCGCAACCGUGUCUCGCGCCUUUCCGGUGUUCCUGGUUCUAACGAGACCUUCGCCCCCAGCUCCGCUUCGGCCGUCGAGGUUCCGGCCGCCCCCAGUAACACUGAUGGCGUCGCUGCGGCUUCCCCGGCUUCGUCGCCUGCUGACCUGACGUCUCCGCGCGCCUCGCAGCGCCCAGUUGACUCCACCGAUAGCCCCCGGCACUCGCACGACAUCAGCACUGCCGAGCGCGGUGGCGUUGAUGCUCACGGCCACAGCCAUGACGACGGACACGCCCACGACCAUGGCGACGCCCACGACCACGGCGACGACAAUGGUCACUCGCACGGCAAGGAGCUCGGCGGCCACGGUCACUCGCACGGCAACAUGAACAUGCACGGCGUCUUCCUGCACGUCCUCGGCGAUGCCCUCGGCAAUGUCGGUGUCAUUGCCACCGGCCUCGUGAUCUGGUUCUGCAAGGGCAAGUGGACCCUGUACUUUGACCCUGGUGUGUCGUUCCUCAUCUGUAUCAUCAUCUUCAACACGGCCAUCCCUCUUGUCAAAUCCGCGUCCAUCAUUCUGCUGCAGGGCGUGCCGAACCACGUGUCGCUCGAGGCGGUCCGCGAGUCGAUCAAGAUCAUUCCCGGGGUUGUGUCAGUGCACGAGCUGCACGUCUGGCAGCUGUCCGAGACGACGACUGUGGCUUCGGUGCACGUCCUCAUCCGGCCCGAGGCCGACUACAUGGAGGUCGCGAACCAGAUCCGCGAGGCGCUCCACGCCCAAGGCAUCCACAGCGUCACGAUCCAGCCCGAGUUUACGGAUCACGACGAGCCCGAGGAGAUUGCAGAGCAGAGCUGCAUGAUCCGCUGCCCGCCCGAGCUCUGCAACACGAACACGUGCUGCCCGCCGCAGCUCGAGAAUGUCUCGGAGAACGAUGGAUCCGAGGCCGCCUCGGCCAACGGCAACGGGUCCUCGCACAACCACUAG